AUGGGCUGGCGGAAGAAGAAUGGGCUGGCGGAAGGAGAAGAACGGGCUGGCGGAAGGAGAAGAACGGGCUGGCGGAAGGAGAAGAAUGGAAUGGCGGAAGGAGAAGAACGGGCUGGCGGAAGGAGAAGAAUGGACUGGCGGAAGGAGAAGAAUGGACUGGCGGAAGGAGAAGAAGAAUGGGCUGGUGGAAGGAGAAGAAUGAGAAGAAUGAGCUGGCGGAAGGAGAAGAAUGGGCUGGUGGAAGGAGAAGAAUGGGCUGGUGGAAGGAGAAGAAUGGACUGGCGGAAGGAGAAGAAUGGGCUGGCGGAAGGAGAAGAAUGGGCUGGCGGAAGGAGAAGAAUGGGCUGGUGGAAGGAGAAGAAUGGACUGGCGGAAGGAGAAGAAGAAUGGGCUGGAGGAAUGAGAAGAAUGGGCUGGCGGAAGGAGAAGAAUGGGCUGGUGGAAGGAGAAGAAUGGGCUGGCGGAAGGAGAAGAAGAAUUGGCUGGCGGAAGGAGAAGAAUGGGCUGGCGGAAGGAGAAGAAUGGGCUGGUGGAAGGAGAAGAAUGGGCUGGCGGAAGGAGAAGAAGAAUGGGCUGGCGGAAGGAGAAGAAUGGACUGGCGGAAGGAGAAGAAGAAUGGGCUGGCGGAAGGAGAAGAAUGGGCUGGCGGAAGGAGAAGAAUGGGCUGGUGGAAGGGAAAACAAUGCAGUUCAGGGACUGUGA